AUGUCGAUCUUUUGGUUGGAUUCGUUGGACUCGUGCACGACGCCAGACGAGAGAGUGUGUGAGAUGAAGAGAUAUAAGAUUGGAAUCCUUGUUGUGGUCGACUCUGCUGCUGUUGAACAAAUCCUUGUUGGAAUCCUUGACUCUGACCGUAUCCUUGCUGACUGGAUCCCUGAUUCUGCCCAUAUCCCUGUUGGCUAUUGCUUCCAACUCCUUGACCAUUCGUUCCGGGAUUCUGACCAUAUCCUUGCUGUUGACUUCCUCCAAACGAUUGACUGUUUCCGCCGAAACCUUGCUGACUAG